CGCGCUGGCGGCCCCGGCCCCAGUGGUCCGUCGGACAGGCUGCGAGGCGGUCGGCGGCACGGCGCUGCUCCCUCGGCAGGCUGGUCAGGCAGGCAGCCAGGGCAGGCAGCCAGAGCAGGCAGGCAGAGGCGGGCGGGCGCGGCGCCCUAGGGGUAACAGUGGCCUCGACGAGAGUGGGACGCCAUGGGGUAGAGGAUGACAGAGGAGCCGCUACUAGACCUGACGAGCGACGUCCCGACCACCGUCGCCACCAACGAGUGCCUGCAGGUGCGCCGCUACUGGUGCUUCCUGCUCUCGAGCAUCGUCACCUUCCUCGCCGGACUCCUCAUCGUGCUGCUAUGGCGCGCCUUCGCGCUGCUGUGCUGCCGGUCGGAGCCCGAGCUCGGGCCCAACGACCCCAAGCAGAAGGAGCAGAAGGCCGCCCGCCAGAACAAGCAGGAGUUCGAGGGCAACUUCAUGACGGAGGCCAAGGACUGGGCCGGAGAGCUCAUCUCCGGACAGACCACCACCGGCCGCAUCCUGGUCGUGUUGGUGUUUAUUCUUAGCAUCGCUUCACUCAUCAUCUAUUUCAUCGACGCCUCAAGUGAGGAGGUGGAAAGGUGUCAAACAUGGAGCACCAACAUCACUCAACAAAUAGACUUAGCAUUCAAUAUAUUUUUUAUGGUAUACUUUUUUAUACGAUUUAUAGCAGCUAGUGACAAGUUCUGGUUUAUGCUAGAAAUGUACUCAUUUGUGGACUACUUUACGAUACCACCCUCAUUUGUAUCGAUAUACCUUGAUAGAACAUGGAUUGGCCUGCGUUUCCUGCGAGCACUACGCUUGAUGACUGUGCCGGACAUCCUGCAGUACCUGAACAUCCUCAAGACGUCGAGCUCAAUACGACUGGCGCAGCUCGUGUCCAUCUUCAUCUCUGUAUGGCUGACGGCGGCCGGGAUCAUCCAUUUGCUGGAGAACUCGGGGGACCCACUGGAGUUCUCCAACCCGUCUCAGCUGUCGUACUGGACGUGCGUCUACUUCCUCAUCGUCACCAUGUCCACUGUGGGCUAUGGAGACGUGUACUGCAAUACAGUCCUCGGCAGGACUUUUUUAGUGUUCUUCCUCCUCGUGGGUUUGGCCAUAUUCGCAAGUUGUAUCCCCGAGAUUAUCGAUCUGAUCGGAACUAGAGCCAAAUAUGGAGGCACGCUGAAGAACGAACGUGGUCGAAGGUUCACGAGGCAGACGCAUGCUUGGUUUUGGCGAACAAAUACUGCCAGGACCCUGAUGCAGAAGACGCUGCCAAUAUUAUGAGAGUUAUUUCUAUCAAAAACUACUCUGACGACAUUCGAGUCAUCAUUCAACUAAUGCAGUAUCACAACAAGGCAUACUUGUUGAACAUUCCAUCCUGGGACUGGAAGAGGGGCGAUGACGUCAUUUGUCUGGCUGAGCUGAAGUUAGGGUUCAUUGCACAAAGCUGUUUAGCCCCAGGAUUCUCUACUAUGAUGGCCAAUUUAUUUGCUAUGCGAUCAUUUAAAACGUCUCCCGACACUCAGGCUUGGCAGAACGAUUAUCUCCAAGGCACAGGCUGCGAGAUGUACACUGAAACUCUCUCUCCUUCCUUCACCGGCAUGACUUUUCCGCAGUCCAGCGAACUGUGCUUUACAAAGCUCAAAUUGCUACUUCUCGCAAUUGAGCUGAAAGGAGAAGACGGCAACGACAGCAAGAUAUCAAUUAACCCUAGAGGCGCAAAAAUAGCAGCGAAUACACAAGGAUUCUUCAUUGCCCAAUCAGCCGACGAAGUAAAACGGGUCUGGUUCUACUGCAAAGCCUGCCACGAGAGCAUAAGGGACGAGACUCUUAUCAAGAAGUGCAAGUGCAAAAACUAUGUUGGGAUGAUGAUGAUGCAGUCAGGAAUGGUGAAAACUGAGCACUUUCACCCAGAGGUGGCUACGUUCCGGAAGGGAGUCCGCGUGGUCCAGAUGGCAGGUCUCAGACCAAGCGAGGACAACUCGUACACAAAUGAACACCACCCGCCGCCCACCUUCACUCCGCCAGAGCUGCCAAAGAAGGUUCACAUACGAGGUGAACAAGUUAAGGACCGAGAAGACGUUUCAUUACUGGGAAACAACCGCAACGGGCGCAGCAUGUCAAACGCACUGGUGAACUCGACCAACAAGCAGGUGAACAAGGUGAAGCCCACCGUGACCCGCACAAAUAACGAGGGACUGACAUCUCCGAGCCAGCAGGGGUACAACAAGCUGGCUCAAGAGGAUACAACAUAUUCCGGCUAUCAUCUGGCCUAUGAAGUGAAAAAACUCAUGCCGACGAGCCGCGCGGCGCCGAGCGGCACCAACCAGGCGGCCGCCAACAACAACCUGCAGGUGGGCAUCGCCGACGACCAGGCCAAGGACUUCGACUUCGAGAAGACGGAGAUGAAGUACGACUCGACGGGCAUGUUCCACUGGAGCCCGGCGCGGAGCCUGGAGGACUGCAUCCUGGACCGCAACCAAGCCGCCAUGACGGUGCUCAACGGGCACGUGGUGGUGUGCCUGUUCGCCGACCCGGACUCGCCCCUCAUCGGGCUGCGCAACCUCGUCAUGCCGCUGCGCGCCUCCAACUUCCACUACCACGAGCUCAAGCACGUCGUGAUCGUGGGCUCGGUCGAGUACAUCCGCCGCGAGUGGAAGAUGUUGCAGAACCUGCCCAAGAUCUCCGUCCUCAACGGAUCCCCGCUGUCGCGAGCGGACCUGCGAGCCGUCAACGUCAACCUGUGCGACAUGUGCGUGAUCCUAUCGGCCAAGGUGCCCAGCAACGACGACCCGACCCUGGCCGACAAGGAGGCCAUCCUGGCCUCGCUCAACAUCAAGGCCAUGACGUUCGACGACACGAUCGGCGUGCUGAGCCAGGGCCAGAACGAGGAGGCGGCCCUGACCCCGGUGGGCAGCCCCAUCGUGCUACAGCGGCGCGGCUCCGUGUACGGCGCUAACGUGCCCAUGAUCACCGAGCUCGUUAACGACACCAACGUCCAGUUCCUCGACCAGGACGACGACGACGACCCCGACACGGAGCUCUACCUGACGCAGCCCUUUGCGUGUGGUACGGCCUUCGCCGUCAGCGUGCUGGACUCGCUCAUGUCCACGACCUACUUCAACCAGAACGCGCUCACGCU